GUGCACUGGGGCACGAUCUUGGCUCACUGUAGCCUCUGCCUCCCGGGUUCAAGCUAUUCUCCUGCUUCAGCCUCUCAAGUAACUGCGGAUUAUAGGCACCCACCACCACACCUGGCUAAUUUUUGUAUUUUGAGUAGAGAUGGGGUUUCACCAUUUUGGCCAGGCUGGUCUCAAACUCCCGACCUCACGUGAUCUGCCCGCCUCAGCCUCCCAAAGUGCUGGGAUUACAGACGUUAGCCACCGUGCCUGGCCUGAUAUUAUAUUUAAAAUAGUAUCUCCAUACUGCAGUAUCACAGUUCAAAGAUGCUUCACUUUUUGAUAGGCUAAAUAGACAUCUCCACUCCCAUUUUAAUGUAUAGUUUCUCUAUAUUCUUUUCUGGAUACAUGUAAAGAUUGUAAUAUAAAAAAUGAUUAGGGUUUAAUAUAUCAAACCAAACAAAAAAUAUCAUAUUCCCAAAUGACCCAUUCUGGCUUCACCUUGUAAACUGUCCAUCAAUGGAGAAUCAGUUAAAUAAAUAAAUAUGAUAUGACCAUAUAAUAAAAUAACCACUUAAGGAAUGAGGUAAUCUAUGUGCAAUGCAAUAUGAAAAGAUGUUAAAAAUGUUUUAGUCAAAAACAAGCUAUAAAGUAGAAUCCAAUUUUUGCAAAAUAGUAAUAAUGUGAGUAUACGUGUAGAAAAAAUUAUAAAAGAAUUGCUUCUUUUCCGAGGAAACAACAAAUGGCGGAUGACGCCGGUGCAGCGGGGGGGCACGGAGGCCCUGGUGGCCCUGGGAUGGGGAACCGCGGUGGCUUCCGCGGAGGUUUCGGCAGUGGCAUCCGGGGCCGGGGUCGCGGCCGUGGACGGGGCCGGGGCCGAGGCCGCGGAGCUCGCGGAGGCAAGGCCGAGGAUAAGGAGUGGAUGCCCGUCACCAAGUUGGGCCGCUUGGUCAAGGACAUGAAGAUCAAGUCCCUGGAGGAGAUCUAUCUCUUCUCCCUGCCCAUUAAGGAAUCAGAGAUCAUUGAUUUCUUCCUGGGGGCCUCUCUCAAGGAUGAGGUUUUGAAGAUUAUGCCAGUGCAGAAGCAGACCCGUGCCGGCCAGCGCACCAGGUUCAAGGCAUUUGUUGCUAUCGGGGACUACAAUGGCCACGUCGGUCUGGGUGUUAAGUGUUCCAAGGAGGUGGCCACCGCCAUCCGUGGGGCCAUCAUCCUGGCCAAGCUCUCCAUCGUCCCUGUGCGCAGAGGCUACUGGGGGAACAAGAUCGGCAAGCCCCACACUGUCCCUUGCAAGGUGACAGGCCGCUGCGGCUCUGUGCUGGUGCGCCUCAUCCCUGCACCCAGGGGCACUGGCAUCGUCUCCGCACCUGUGCCUAAGAAGCUGCUCAUGAUGGCUGGUAUCGAUGACUGCUACACCUCAGCCCGGGGCUGCACUGCCACCCUGGGCAACUUCGCCAAGGCCACCUUUGAUGCCAUUUCUAAGACCUACAGCUACCUGACCCCCGACCUCUGGAAGGAGACUGUAUUUACCAAGUCUCCCUAUCAGGAAUUCACUGACCACCUCGUCAAGACCCACACCAGAGUCUCCGUGCAGCGGACUCAGGCUCCAGCUGUGGCUACAACAUAGGGUUUUUAUACAAGAAAAAUAAAGUGAA